AUGACCAUAGUUAACAGGUCACCAGAGAAGUCUGACCACGAGUCAGCCGGGUGUCAGCGGUCUCCCUUGACCAGUGGAGACAUGGAAAUGGACGAUAGCUUGGCAGUGGGUCCCACCAUACCCAGUGACUCUCCGGGGUUGAAGGCUCGAGGAAGCUCCCUGGGCCCAACACCCGGACCUGCUGUCUACAAUAACACGCCCUCUUCUGUGGGACGGCCCGAGGAGCAAGUGCUGAGCUGUGAUGAUGGCCUUGACCUGCCCCAGAUGGUCCUCUUCCCUGCAGAGCGGCUCCACCUGAAGUGGACACAAGUUCACCCCAUCGGUGCAGGCUUGCAAAAUAUGGGGAACACCUGCUUCCUAAACUCAGCCCUGCAGUGUCUCACUUACACUGCUCCGCUUGCAAACUACCUGCUGACACAGGAGCACUCCAACACAUGUCACGAGCCAGGGUUCUGUAUGAUGUGCACCAUGCAAAACCACAUCACUGAAGUUUUUGCAAACUCUGGAGAUGUUAUAAAGCCCACUGGUGUGCUCAACAAACUCACAAAUAUUGCAAGUCACUUCCGCCGUGGGCGCCAGGAGGAUGCACACGAGUUCCUGCGGUACACAGUGGAUGCUAUGCAAAGGUCCUGCUUACCUGGAGACUAUUUGGACAGGCAAACGCAGGCAACCACUUUCAUCCAUCAGGUAUUUGGCGGGCAACUGAGGUCUAGAGUUGAAUGUUUAAACUGCAAAGCAGUCUCGGACACAUUUGACCCUUUUCUGGACAUACCUCUGGACAUUAUGACGGCUCGCAGUGUCUCCCAGGCUCUGGAACAGUUCGUCACACCAGAACAGCUGGGUGGAGAUGACUCCUACAAAUGCGCCAAGUGCACAAAAAUGGUCACAGCCUCAAAGAGACUUACCAUCCAUCGCAGCUCCAACGUGCUCACACUCUGUCUCAAUCGCUUUGCAAACUUCAAUGGAGGCAAAAUCACAAAGGGUGUGAAAUAUCCCGAGUACUUGGACCUGCGGCCCUUCAUGUCUCAGUCUCAGGGGGAGCCUCUGCUCUACGAGCUGUAUGCUGUGCUGGUCCACUCUGGAUUCAGCUGUGAUUCUGGACACUACUAUUGCUAUAUUAAGGCCAGCAACGAUCAGUGGUAUAGGAUGAACGACUCGACUGUGUCUGUCAGGGACAUCAAGUUUGUUCUCAACAAACAGGCCUAUGUCCUUUUCUACGUCAAAUCCACUGAUGUAAAGAAAAAUGGGGACUACGGCCUGAGUUCUUCCUCCUCAUCCGUCUCCCACUCGAUCAGUAGACCCACAGUGAUACCUGAUCAAGACAAAGUCCGGAAGAUUUCAUUCGUCUUCGGGCUAGGCAAACAGAACGGCCCAUCCUUGUCAUCCUCUGACAGCCAGCCAUCCUCUGCCAACAGCAGUAAUGGGGAGCAUCAUACUGGAGGGAAUGGAGCCUCAUUUUUGGUGCCAUAUGGCCUCGAGUCUUCAGAGGAAUCGGACCAGGAGAACUAUGGCUCCCUGGAAAAUGGCCUAGAGUCGUCAGAGGAGUCGGACCAGGAGAACUGGGGCUCCCUGGAAAAUGGCUGUUCCAAUAAUGCUCCUAAAGGCACAAACGGAGAGUCAGGAGUUCACCAUAAUGGGACUGGAUUGAAUGGAGCCACUGAUGGUGUCACCAAAUCUGGUCAAAGUGAGCACCAGUACGGAGACCACAAAGUGAAUGAACACCAUGGGCUCCAUGUGACUCCCGCUGCAGCUAAUGGGCUUGACAGUGACCACAGUCACUUCAGUAAAGAGGCGCAUAACUCUGCCUCUCAGGCUAGUUCUUCUCAGAACAGCCACAGCGCAAAAUCCAACGUCUCUCCCCCUAAAGCUCAUUUCUCCUCGUUUGAAUCCGCUCAGAACAAGGUGGAUCGUACUCGCAAGAGGGGCCAGAGCAAGGAAAGGGAAGGCAGCCCUGAGGCGCAUCGCUCUAAAAAACCCCAAAAAGAGCGAGGAAAAGAAGAAAUCAAAAGAUAA